AUGCAAGGAAGCACAGUAAUUUUAGCGCUGGAUUGCUCACUUGGAAACCCUACUGUUGCUGCCAUUGGACACAGGUUCCUCAGGACACUGAAGCAGGAGCAGAUGUGCUGCUGCUUCCCAAAGCUGACUGCUUCUUUGGAGUUUCUCCGGGAUGACUUUCUUGUUGGCACCAUCUUGGCUCCAAAUUGCAGUCUCGUGUUGGCUUCCAAUCGGCAGGACCCAAGGGAUACAUGGACACUAACUUCAAGGGAAGCUGUGAAAAAGGGUUUCUGGCUUCUACUUUGGGGAUUGAAUUUCAUAAAAGAAAAUAGUCAAGUCCUCACUCAAAGGCUGGGAAUGACUGUUAUAAAGCAAAUUCAAAUUGUAGAUGAGCUGUUUGUGUGGAAUGUUCUGAAUCACAAAGAAGUAAACAUCAUUUGCUGCAAGGAGGUCAAGCAGGAGUCUUUGAGAGGGAUCAUUCACCUGACUUUGAAGAAGGGUUCCGAAUCCUAUAACCUCUUUCCCAAAUCCCUUUAAAAGUGCAACUAUUCUCUGUUUCAGGAUUUGAAGGGACGAAGCAAGUAUCAAUUUUCUUCAGAAGAAGACUUAGAUGAUUUGGCUCAGGAUCCAAAGAAUUUAUACUAUUUCUCAUCUUUUCUGAACUUCAGUCCCCUGGGUGAAGAUACUGACAUUAUUUUUAAUUAGAAAAGCACCUUCACAGAACCUGUUCUUUGGAGGAAGGACCAUUACCAUCACCGAUUGGAGCAGCUGACCCUGAAAGUUCCGCUAGACACUCUUCAGAGCCCCUGCAUCAGCAGAUGGGAAUCAGGCAAAGGGAAGUCUGCUCUGCUACAGCAAAUAGCAUGGGCCUCUGAAAAGUGUGGGGCUCUGACCGAGUUCAAACUAGUCUUCUUUCUCUGUCCGAGCAGGGCCCAGGGUGGGCUCUUUGAAACUGUCGAGCAAAUCGUGGAUAUACCUGACAUGAUCAGGAAGCAGACUUGGAUGAGCAUGCUGCUGCAGCUACAGCAGAGAGUUCUUUUUCUCCUUGAUGGCUACAGGGAAUUCAAGGCCCAGAAUUGCCCGGGGAUUGAAGCCCUCAUAAAGGAAAACCACCGCCUCGAGAAUAUGGUGGCUGUCACCACCACCACUGAGUGCCUGAGGCACAUCGGGCAGUUUGGUGCCCUGACUGCUGAGGUGAGGGAUCUGACAGAGGACAGUGCCCAGACUCUCAUCUGGGAAGUGCUGAUGAAGGAGCCUGCUGAAGACUUGUUGCUCCAAAUCAGGAAUCUGCUGAAGACCCCUCUCUUUGUGGUCAUCACUUGUGUCAUCCAGAUGGGGGCAAGUGAGUUCCACUCUAACACACAAACCACACUGUUCCGUACCUUCUAUGAUUUACUCGCAGAAAACAAGCACAAACUUAGAGGGGUGGCUGCAGGUGACCUCACUCAGAGCCUAGACCACUGUGGAGACCUCGUUCUGGGGGGCGUGUUCUCCCACAGGUUUGAUUUCCAACCAGAAGACGUGUCCAGUGUGAAUGAGGAUACCCUACUGACAACUGGACUCCUCUGUAAAUACAUAGCUCAAUGGUUCAAGCCAAAGUAUAAAUUCUUUCAUAACUCAUCCCGGGAGUACAUAGCAGGACGCAGGCUUAGCAAUUUACUAAAGUCUCAAGAGUCAGAGGAGAUGACCAAGGGGAAAGGUCACUUGCAGAAAAUGGUUUUCGUUUCAGGCAUUACAACCAAGUACAGCAACCUGCUCCCAUACACAGGUGGGUCAUCUACUAAAGCCACCAGGAGUGUUUUGAAACACCUCGCAGGAGUGUAUCAACAUGGCAGCCUCCUUGGGCUCUCCAACACCAAGAAGCAUCUCUGGAGGCAAGAAUCUAUGCAACAUGUGAAAAACACCACUGUGCAAGAAACUCUGAAAGCCAUAAACAUCAAUUCCUUUACAGAGUGUGGCAUUAAUUUAUUCCAUGGGAGUAUAUCCGAAUCAGAUCUGACUGAAGAAUUUGAAGCUUUCUUUUGUGGUAAAAGCUUAUUUAUCAACUCAGAGAAACCUGAUUAUUUAUUUCACUUCUUUGAACACUUGCCUAAUUGUGCCAGUGCUCUGGGCUUCAUAAAACCCGACUUCCAUGGAGAAGCUACGGCCUCACGGGACAAGACCACAGAAGACACGGGCAGGCAUCAAGAAGACUCCUCAGAGACCUACAUUCCCAGGAGGGAAGUGUCUUUGUUCUUCAACUGGAAGCAGGAAUUCAAGACUCUGGAGGUCACACUCCGGGACUUCAGCAAGCUGAACAAACAAGAUAUCAAAUAUCUGGGAAAGAUAUUCAGGUCUGCUACAAGCCUCAGGUUGUGCAGGAGGAGGCGCGCUGGCAUGGCCUGAAGCUUUAGUUUGGUCCUCAGCACCGUGAGACGUGAGAACAUUCGUUUUCUCACCGUGGAAGCCAGUCCCCUCACCAUAGAAGAUGAGCAGCACAUCACCGCGACAAACCUGAAAACCUUGAGUAUUCGGGACCUCCAGACUCCACGGCUGCCGGAUGACUUUUAUGAGGUUGAGGAAGAUCCCUUCUAUUCCUAG